AUGCCACUUUAUUGCAAGUUUCUAAAGGAUAUGUUGACCAAGAAGAGCAAAUAUAUCCACAGGGAUAAUAUUGUGGUGGAAGGAAACUGUAGUGUUGUGAUUCAAAGAAUCCUCCCACCUAAAUACAAGGAUCCAGGGAGUGUCACAAUCCCUUGCUCUAUUGGUGCAGUGUCAGUUGGAAAAGCUCUCAUUGAUUUGGGAGCCAGUAUAAAUUUGAUGUCUCUCUCCAUGUGUAGGAGAAUUGGAGAGUUGGAAAUUAUGCCAACAAGAAUGACAUUGCAGUUGGCAGAUCGUUCUAUCACAAGGUCUUAUGGUGUAAUUGAAGAUGUUUUGGUUAAGGUGCAACAAUUCACCUUCCCUACAGAUUUUGUUGUCAUGGACAUUGAAGAGGACACUAACAUUCCAUUGAUUUUGGGUCGUCCCUUCAUGUUAACCACCAAUUGUGUGGUGGAUAUGGGGAAAGGUAAAAUGGAAAUAAGCGUGGAUGAUCAAAAAGUUACAUUUAAUCUAUUUGAAGCUAUGAAGUGUAACACCCUGCUUCACAAGGCACUUGGUCAUGAUCUGAUCAUUGGGAUCUUUGAGAAGAUGUCUGGAGUGUGCGCGAAGUUUCUGUUCCGGAGAGCAUUUCUCACUUGA